AUGCCUGCCCAGACCACUACACCGGAACUGCCGAGUGUGGUGAGUUUCCAGCUCUGCAGCAUAGCCACCAGCUACCACCAUCGGGCACCUGGCCAGACUCGCUAUCCCAGCUUCACCCUUGCCGAUUGCGAAAACUUCGUCAAAAUUCCGCUGUACCGGGAUCAUUCGCCGCAUCUGUACCAACUUGUGUACGGAGCCAGUCGGAAAAAGCGAGCCAUGCAGACCAUCGAAUACAAUAAGCGAUUCUUCAUCGAGAAUUAUUCGCAUGCAGACGACGACGAUGAGCUGUACCUGAACUACGACGAUUGGUCCCUGAUGGAUACGAUGUCGGUGAAAAGUGCAACGAGCAGCAACGGUAGCCCGAACAACAACAACAACAACAACAACAACAGCAACGACAUGGAAGCGAGCGGCCAAAGGCUUUCGUUGGCCUAUGAAAUGAUGUCGCAGGUUCCGCGCAAGGUUGCGGAAAAAUUCUCACGAACGACCACCAUACUGGACCUGAGCUAUAACAAUUUCAAAGAUCUCUCCUUCCUCUCUUACUUCCGUCAGCUGAACACGCUGAUUCUGGACCACAAUAUCCAACCGGACGAGAAGUCAUUCCCAACGCUGCCGAACCUCGAGGUGCUCUGGCUGAACCACUGUGAUAUCGCUAACGUCCAGCGCUGGGUCUACCGGGUUCGCGAUUGUUGUCCCUCGUUGCGCAUCCUGUCGUUGCUGGGCAACCCGGGCGCAACAUCCUCCUUCAAUGGCAACUCAACGCUCGAGCACAACGACUACCGGAUGAUGGUGAUUGGCGUACUGCCCCAGUUGCGCCACCUGGACGACGCCGAAGUGACCGCCUCCCAGCGGGCUCAGGCCCGCCAGUUUCGGCAUAAUACCUACAAUAUUGGGCAGACACCGUACAAUAUUUUCGAAAGUGUCGGCCGGGGAGAGCAGAUGGGCCGCAAGGCGGCCCUGCGGAGACCCCGACGGGUUCGGGCGAACGUUUCCGACGAUUCGUGAGAGGUGAUUUGCCAUCGUUUAUGCUGAAUGAUCUGAAAUUUGAUAUUUUGGUGUACGACAAACGGUUGACAAAACGACUGUUGCUACCGCAUAGAAGCUGUGCAAAAUACGAAUCCGCAAGGAAGAUUACAUUUUCUAUUGCUUUUAUAUUAUCUGUUAAGUAUAUGUAUUUACAAGAUACCUAAAGUCCAAAGUGUAUUGCGUUUAUGAAAUAAAGUUUUUA